AUGUUUGGUGAUACACAACAAACCUUGUGGAAAACAGAACAGUCAGUACUUGGCCGACCUAUUUUCGGCGCUCAAUAUCCACCACUUUCAUCAAAAAUAUCUGAUAAAUCUAUUCUAACAAAGCCAGUAAUGUCUAAAAAGAAAGAUCAAGAUAAAUUCAAUGCAUAUGCGAUUAAUACUGAUGAUGCUUGGGAAAUCGAUGAUAGAACAAUGACAUUAAAAAUAUUCGAUAAGAACGAUAAUGAUGGUGAUGAUGAUGAUGACAUUGGAAUUUCCAAACAGAAACCUGAAGAAAUAGCAUCGAAAUCCACUCAACAACAGAAAUCCAAUAAAGUCACAAACGGUAAUGACCAUGAGUCUGGUAGAAUGGGUUUAAGUAUUUCUCAAAUGAAACGUUUGUUUCUAGUUCGAAGAUCAAAUCUUUCAACGAAUUUAAGCUCAACUUCCUAUCCAGGUCUCGGUCGACGAAUAAGUGAUCAGUCAAAUUCUAAAACAUCAACAUCUACACGAUAUAAUAAUAAUAAUGCUGCUUCUUCUUUCUCAACUACUAAUAGUACAAAAUCGAAUUCUAUUUCAAUGGUUGAUAAUAAUCAACAAAAAGAAAAUAAAUUCAAACAAAUAUUCGAUCAAACAACUGUUGAUCUAAAUGAAUUACGUAAAGCAAGUUGGAAUGGAAUUCCUAAACAAUAUCGUGCACAAGCAUGGAAAUUACUCUGUGGUUAUUUACCACCAAAAAUUGAACGAAGAGAAGAUACAUUAGUACGAAAACGUGAUGAAUAUUGGUCAUAUGUUACUCAAUAUUAUCAUACUCGUGUAGAUAGUGAACAUCAAGACACAUUUAGACAGAUUCAUAUAGACAUUCCACGAAUGACUCCAUUAAUGCCAAUAUUUCAACAAGUUGUUGUUCAGGAGUUAUUCGAACGUAUUUUAUUUAUUUGGGCUAUUCGCCAUCCAGCUAGUGGUUAUGUUCAAGGUAUAAAUGACCUUGUCACACCAUUUUUUGUUGUCUUUCUAUCAGAAUUUAUCGAGAAUGAUAUUGAAAUGGAAAGUUUUGAUAUUAGUUCAUUAUUAGAAUCAGAUCGACGUAUUAUUGAAGCUGAUAGUUAUUGGGCAACGUCAUAUUUACUUGAAGGUAUUCAAGAUAAUUAUACAUUUGCUCAACCUGGUAUACAAUAUAAAAUACGAACAUUAGAAGAACUUAUUAAACGUAUCGAUGAACCACUUUAUCGACAUUUAAAAAAUCAAAAUAUAGAAUUUUUACAAUUUAGUUUUCGUUGGAUGAAUAAUUUACUUAUGAGAGAAUUACCUGUGCGAUGUACUAUUCGCCUUUGGGAUACUUAUCUUGCUGAACAAGAUGGUUUUUCUCAUUUUCAUUUGUAUAUAUGUGCAGCAUUUCUUAUUCGUUUUUCCAAAGAUCUUUUACGUGAAAAAGAUUUUCAAGGUUUAUUACUACUUCUGCAAAAUUUACCAACACAUUCAUGGACGAGUAAUGAUAUAAGUAUAUUAACAGCGGAAGCAUAUCAAUUAAAAGUUAUGUUUGCAGAUGCUCCACGACAUUUAUCACAUUCUUGA